CACCACCGACUUUCGUUUGCUAUUGGCUGGCCGCCUUAUGCAGCUGCUUGUCAACAAGAUGGCCUUCCUCCUUCAGUCGUUUUGACACUGAUUAUUUUGGUAUCCACGCACACAUACCGUAAACGCUUGUGUCACUUCUAAAUACAUAGAAGGAGAGGGGCUGCUGAGAGUCCUAACAAGGUAUACAAUCCGCUAGGCUGUGUUCAGAGAACUGACAAGCCUCGAUAGCAGCCACCGCCGCUUCGAGAAGAUUGACAAUAGAAAGUACUGUAGUUGCUGUCGACGUUAGCCCGAGCGGCAGCUAGCUUAGCUACGUGGACGCGAACACUUAAAGUCGUGUCACCUGCAAUUCACUACACAAACUGGUUUGGCUACAAGAAGCAUUACGAGGAAAGUCUUAUCAUCGACGCUUUAAGAGCCGCGACGUUUGCUUGUGAAGGCCAUAGUUAUUGAGGUUGCAUGCUUGAUCUAAGGGAAGCUCUGUGGCAAACAGUUCCCCACAGGGCAGCACUGAGAUAGGACUCUGACCAUGAGCGCGCUGGUUGUGGGUCCCUGCAGGCCAGCAUAGCUGCUGGCAUGUUCCAGAGGUCCGCAUCCUGAUGGACCGAGACACCUUCUCUCACAUCCGUCUGUGGUGCCCACGCCCCUUUGGCACCUACUCUCAGAACAAAGCCAGGAGUCCUGGCGCAGGGGGCAAUGUUAUAGCCGUAGGUGGGGCAGGGUCUUCCUCCCUCUGCAAGGGUGAUCCCCCUCCUGGUGCGAGGAGGGCCGGAGAUGGCGUAGAAGAUGGAGGAAUUCUCGUGGGUGUGCAAGAAAACAAUGUAAAAGUGGAGGAUGUGGGCUCUGAGAACACACCACCUGAACCUGAACUUAACUCUGGCUCCCAGAUUCAAAGUCAGCCCGCAAUGCCCACAUCCUCUCCUUCACCGCUCCCUUCUUCUGGGACUCAAAUGGAAGAUGGUCGAGUGCUGCUGGACACCUGGUAUGUCAUUAAACCAGGAAACACUAAGGAGAAGAUUGCCUUCUUUGUGGCACAUCAGUUUAGUGGGGCAGGCCAACCCCGACCCAGCGCCAUGAAGGUUAAAGGCAACUGGGCAACUGACUGUAGUAAAGCAAAAAGGCGAAGAAGAUGCUCAUCCUAUGACCCACCAAACCGUACACUUGCCUCUGAAACGCACCUCAUCCACGGCUCCUCUGAAACACCCAAAGCACUCCCUGCAAGCCCUGAUCAACCAGCAAUCGAUGGGGCGACUGAGACCGACCUGCUGUCAGUGGCUCAGAUGGUUGCCUUGGUUGAACAAAGGACAGCCAUGGCCCUCCGGAACAUUGUGGCUGUACACGGAAACCAGCACCAGCCCUCCAUUUCCAGUCAAGAGCAGGGCUUUACCCCUCACCAGCACACAUUACUCCGGGAAACGGAAUCGGAGCCCUCGCGUUUGUCCUUCAUGUCUGACAAUUCGAAAGGCCAAUCUUCCAAAGAAGUCAAGGAAUUAUCCGCUCCCAUUCAGACGGACCAGGAGCUGGAGGAACAGCAAGAGUCAUGCCGGGUUGCACAGGCCAUCGCGCACUUUGAGUCUCAGAAUCUGGAGAAUCGCCUCCAUAUGGGCGCCGGUUCAGCUAUUGGCUUUUCUCAUCGAGACAGGGAGCUGAGAGGAGGAGCGGAGCCCAGUCAUGUAGCUCCUCCGCCGCCCCCAAAGCACAGCCAAGGGGAGGUGAGGAUAGCUUUCAGAGUGUCAAAUCUGGACCCUUGUUCUCAGCUGGAGCCGGCAGGCCGGUCACGCUGUAUGUUUAUGAGUUGCGCAGGCGGGAGUAGCCAGGCGGCAGCCAGAUCGAAGGAGAAAAUUACCUGUGACCUCUACCAGCUUGUCAGCCCCUCUUCAAGAGACCCCAGCAGCCUACUGCUUGCCGCCACGACUCCUGCGCCUAAACCAGAUGGAGACCUUCAUCACUAUGACAGGCAGACCUGUGGCAGCCCGGAAACAUCCCAGGAACCUUCUUCUGGGGAGAAAAUAUCUCUUGGGGUGGGUCGGGAGCGAGUGACGGGAUUUCACGUGGAAGUCGUGGUGACGGGGGCUGUGGACCAAUGUGUGUUUUAUGGCAAGGACAGUACAGAAAAUGUUCAGGAGGAGACUGUGUGUUUUGCUAUGUCUGGUGGGGGAGGAACGGUUGGCUCCACCGACCACUCAUCAGAGGAUCCUCCUCCAGGACAGCUCUUUUUCUUUCCAUCGCCACGAGUGGCAGAGGAGGAAUCAAAUGCAACGGCUUCUGGCAGGGUUUCGGGAUUAUGCUCUCUGGACUGUGCCAACAGCAGCAGCCCAGGAGCAGGAGUUCCGUGCUCAGGAGAGCGCGCACCUCGACCGGACUCUCCUCGAGCCAGUGUUGGGGAAGAUUGUUCAGACCCAUCGCUGUGUCGCCUCUAUCGCCACGUCUCCCAUGAUUUUCUGGAGAUCCGCUUUCAGAUUCAGCGCUUGCUGGAACCUCGCCAGUAUAUGCUGCUGCUCCCUGACCACAUCAUGGUCAAUAUCUUCAGUUACCUUCCUACCCGCUCCUUGGCAGCCCUCAAGUGCACCUGCCACUACUUCAAGGUGCUGAUCGAGACCUACGGAGUGCGAGCUGUGGACUCUCGCUGGAAUCAAGACCCCCUUUAUCGAGAUGACCCCUGCAAGCAGUGUAAACGCCAGUAUGAGCGUGGGGAUGUUUCACUGUGCCGAUGGCACCCUAAACCUUACCACCAUGACCUGCCUUAUGGACGUUCUUACUGGAUGUGUUGCCGACGUACGGACAAGGACACGCCAGGAUGUCGUGUCGGACUUCACGAUAAUAACUGGGUCCAGCAGCCUGUUGAUGGCUCUCAGCCCGUCCGAUUCAAGAGAGAGGUCAGACGGGAAGAGGCCAGGUAGAAGAGUCAACAUUUUUGCCUCUCAUUUCUUCUGCUUACCCCGCGUCAUUUCUACUCCAAGGAUGAGCAUGAAAAAGGUGAAAAGAGAGAAAUAAUCACUCCAGGACGUUCAUUCCACCUCAUAUCUUGUUGCUCUCAACAUGGUUGAGUGGCAAAGAAGGAACAAAAAGAGGUGUGCCACACCAUGCCCCCCCCCCCCCACCCCACCCAAGUCCUACAGAAUUUCUCUCCUCACUGUACUACAGAGUGGCACAUUAUCAGAUGUGCCUCCCUACCAGUUUUGGGGUCUCUUUUUGCUGCUGUCUGUUUGCCCUGUUCCAAUGCCUCUCGCGUGUCAGGAUUACUGCUCAACUCCGUGCAUUGGAGGUCGUCAGAAAGUUCCUGUGACAAGUUUGCAGUGUAUUUGAUUGAGAUUAGCAUUAAGUGACAAAUAGAAAUGUAAUGCCCUAGAGCCUGGUUUUUGUCCCAAGACUUUUGUCUCCGUUCUGUGUUAGACCACCAACUUCCACACGCUGAUUGGGUUCAGCGCAGCCGAUUUCAUAAACUAACUGUACUGAACCCACCAUGCCAAACCAUUCAGUGUGGAAUGUCCAGCGUUGCUAAAGAAAUGUGAUUGUAUGCGGCAAACUUGAUAUUCCACCAUAUGGGCUCUGGCAUGCACCAUGCAUUUCUAUUUCUCUGAAUGUGCUGUAUUUAUUGUCGAUCAGUCCCCCUGAUAAUGCUGCUGAAACCCCAUUGGCUGUGUCACUGAUGUUAUUUCUGGAAAUGACAUACCAUUAGUUGAUACAGUCUCAUAUACUUUAUCAGCCCCCCCCCCCCCGAUUCUGAACCUACUUUAGUUGACCAGCCGUCAACAGGAGAAACAAAGGACUAAUUCUGGGAGAUACAAUGUACAGAUUAAGAUCAGUGGGAUUAAGACAAAAAAAAGAAAUGUCGCUUUUUAUGAUUGACUGACUUGCUUGUUUGCCUUUUUUAAAUGGGGAUUGUCUUUUUUUGGGUGUACAAGAAUGUUUGCUGUCCUGUUGUCCUACAGGACUUUGCUCAUUAUCAACUGGUCCUCUUUCCCAAAUCACAAAAGAAUGUUUUUGUGUUUUACGCAUCAUUGUUUAACUUGUCCAUCUCACUUUUUCCUUCUCCGUCCUCCAACUGGGCAGAGGGUAGUGUUGGCCAUUGGCCACAUUGCUCUUAUGUUAAACCAACCAACACAGAACAUAGAAACUUUCCAACAACCUCCAGCCUUAAAUCCCCCCCCCCCCCCUUACCUCCAAUUCCCCUGCAGGAGGCAUCAGAUACCUCACAGAUGGUCAAAAAUAUUAGGUGUUGCACCGUAACACACACACACACACCUUUUUUAAAGGGGUUUAAUAGACGCUUCAUAAAAUUAAAUUAAAAAGUCCUCUCUUCCUUCAGCUUUCUCCCCUGCUUUUUGACCACCACAUCCCAACAACCUGACAUUAUCGUGUUGCUGAAACUCUGCAUGAAGGUGGGACAAUGGUUUGAUCGUCAUGGGAGAUAUCCGUUGGUUCCAGAUAUGAUCAACUCUAAUGGGAAAUAUUGGCAUAAAUGUAAAAGAGGUGAUGAUUAAAACUGGAAAUCCAACAUUGA